AAGGCACUGUUCUGUUGAUGUAAGCGCCAUGACACACGGCACAACCGAAUAGGAUUCAGCUGGCUAACUUGCCUGAAAACAACGACAACAAAGAAUGAAAACAUUACAAAUAGUAUUCUGAUUUUGUUAUAGUUCAGCAUUUGUAAACUCAAGGGAGAUUAUCUGAAGUUGUAAACCAUGGAGCCGACAGCGCCCAAAAGCAAGCUGAAGAAACUGAGUGAAGACAGUCUCACAAAACAACCAGAGGAGGUCUUUGAUGUUCUGGAAAAACUUGGUGAAGGGUCCUAUGGCAGUGUGUUUAAAGCCAUCCAUAAGGAGUCGGGCCAGGUGGUGGCUAUCAAACAGGUGCCUGUUGAGUCAGACCUCCAGGAGAUCAUCAAGGAGAUAUCCAUCAUGCAGCAGUGUGACAGUCCCUAUGUGGUGAAGUACUAUGGCAGCUACUUUAAGAACACAGACCUGUGGAUAGUGAUGGAGUACUGUGGAGCCGGCUCUGUUUCAGACAUCAUCAGACUACGCAACAAGACGCUCACAGAGGAUGAGAUAGCCACCAUCCUCAAGUCCACAUUGAAAGGUCUGGAGUAUCUGCAUUUCAUGAGGAAGAUCCACAGAGACAUCAAGGCAGGCAACAUUCUCCUCAACACAGACGGCCAUGCCAAGCUGGCUGACUUUGGAGUAGCGGGACAACUCACGGACACGAUGGCAAAGCGGAACACGGUGAUCGGGACUCCGUUCUGGAUGGCUCCAGAGGUCAUCCAGGAGAUAGGAUAUAACUGUGUGGCAGACAUCUGGUCCCUGGGCAUCACCUCUAUAGAGAUGGCUGAGGGCAAACCUCCCUACGCUGAUAUACAUCCCAUGAGGGCUAUUUUCAUGAUCCCAACCAACCCACCUCCUACGUUCAGGAAGCCUGAGCUGUGGACAGACGACUUCACACACUUUGUAAAGAAAUGUCUGGUGAAGAACCCAGAACAGAGAGCUACAGCCACACUGCUACUACAGCAUCCGUUCAUCACGGCAGCCAAGCCAGUCACCAUCCUGAGAGACCUGAUCACUGAGUCCAUGGAGAUGAAGGCUAAGAGACAGCAGGAGCAGCAGAGAGAGCUGGAGGAGGAGGACUCUGAGGAGGAGGUGGAGGUGGACUCCCACACCAUGGUGAAGUCUGGAUCAGAGGGGGCUGGCACCAUGAGAGCUGCCAGCACCAUGAGCGACGGAGCUCAGACCAUGAUAGAGCACGGCAGCACCAUGUUAGAGGCAGACCUGGGAACCAUGGUCAUCAACAGUGAUGAUGAGGAGGAGGACAACGAUGAAGGCUCCAUGAGGAGACACCCCACCCCCCAGCAGGCCCUGAGACCCUCCUUCAUGGACUACUUUGACAAGCAGGACUCUAAGGUCCAACAGGAGAGCUAUAACCAUAACCAGCAGCAGGAUCCAGGCUAUCACAUCAGCCAGGCUAAGAACGUCUUCCCUGACAACUGGAAGGUUCCUCAGGACGGAGACUUUGACUUUCAGCUAAAGAACCUUGACUUUGAGGAGCUGCAGCAGCGUCUGACGGCUCUGGACCCCAUGAUGGAACGAGAGAUCGAAGAGCUCCGACAGCGUUACACCGCCAAGAGACAACCCAUCCUCGACGCAAUGGACGCAAAGAAACGCAGACAGCAGAACUUCUGAAGAGCCUGACCUGAGGAAGACAUUCUGACCUGGGCCCGUUUUCAGACUGCGUCUCAGAUUCAGGAGUGCUGAUCUAGGCUAAGGUUGUUCACUUACCAUGUAAUCUUAUUGCUUAAAAAUACUAUUAAAUAGAUGUUUUAUUGUCACAAGGCAAAGCUGAUGCUAGAUCAGCACUCUGACAGCAGAACUGCUGAGGACCUUAGAGAAGGCUGUUAAGACCUGACCCAGGGAGAGGAGAGACCUGGCCAAGGGAGAGGAGAGACCUGGCCAAGGGAGAGGAGAGACCUGACCA